AUGUCCAAACGACCUUUCUCGAGCACGGGGAUAGCCAGCUCCCAAGCUUCCACUUCUUCCUCCCCUGCGCCACCGCCACGUCGUUCCCAACCGGCGUUCACGAACCGAGGCGAUCUCUCCUCCUGGAUCCUCUCCACCACGCCCUCGUCCAAGAACCCGGAACCACCUCUGCCCCAACCGAUCUUCUCCUCCCCUCCCUUGACCGAUCGUCGUUCCACCUUCGUAGCCCACGCCGCGCCCGUCACCUCCCUCCCCCAAGUUCAAGUUUUUCAUGCGCACGUCAAGCACCUCAUUUCCAAAGCCCAUCCAAGAGAAGCCGAUCAUGAGAUGUUGGGUUAUCGAAUGAUCGGAUUGAAGAGUGGUAAGAAUGGCUUGGGAGGGGAGGAGGAUUGGAGGGUUCAGGUUGGGGGGAGGACGACGGGGAGAAGGGGGGUAGGGGGACCAUUACGGCCGUUUUGGAGAAGAGGGGGGAGGUCGAUGUAGUCGUCGUCGUUAGUCGGUGGUACGGGGGUGAGUGGAGCAGAGUGGGGCCUUGAGAGUGGGUGGGUGGCGCUUGGUGCUGAUACGGUCUUGUCGCAGGUAUCAUGCUCGGCCCCGACCGGUUUCGUCAUAUAGCAACGGUCGCAACUCAGGCUCUCACCGCCCUAUCCGCCUCCACAGCUCUCACCGAAACCCUCGUCCACCUCCGACAACUAGACGAUGAAAUAUCCCACCUCACCGCCUCCUCAUCCCCGGUCAAAACGACCCCACCGGAUUACACCUCCUUGGAUCUGAUCAAAGCUCAGCGAUUGGUUUUGGCGAGAGGGAAGAGGUUGGAGCUGUUGAAGCGAAAGAGGAAGGAGGAGGACGUGGAGAUGCAGAAGGAGUUGGAGGCGUUCGUCAGGGAUCAAGGUGGGUUAGACGGGUGGGAGGAGGGAAAGGGGGAGGAGGGUGGAGAGGUGGAGGUCUUGGAAGGUGAUGGGGAUGGGCACGAUUUGCCCCCACUUCCGGAUUUGCCGUUGGAUCUGACCCGGGAAGACGAUGAUCAUCGUGAGGAAGGUGAUCAAGCGUUGACGCAGGAUGACGAGUAA